AUGCGUCGCCUACCGAGAAUACAGCAUCUCCGCUGUCCCACCAUCACCGCCUCUCCAACCACACCCGCGCGCUCCUCUCCCUUCCGCCGGUCCCUCUCCACAACCCGACCCGCGCGCUUCACCUCGGCGCGACGAUGCCUCGACUCGGCAGCCGAUGAGAAGAAGCGACAGGAGAUGCUCGAAGCCCUCGAGCGCGACCGCCAGGCCGCCCUCGAGCUGCAAUCCCAAUACGAGGGAGCCUCCCCGAAGCAGGCGGAUCUCUACGUCCCCUCCACGACGGCCGAGGACCUCGAAGAGGUCGGCGGCCUCGAGAACUGGUGGGAGCAGGACGGCCACUGGGGCGCCGUGGACGGACUCAGGCUCUUCUCGGCGCCGAGGAACGAUGCGGGCGCCAAGGUCACGGACCCUAGCGUUCUCGAGGGCGAGGAGAUGCUCAUGGGCCGGUGGGCGGGCUUGGAGAAGCAGAGCACGCUCAACGCGGCGGCCGUGGAGCUUCAAGUCUCCGAGGGCGGCGACAUCACGUUGACGGGUGACCUCGGCGCCGUUCUCGCUGGGCUGGAGACCCCCGUCCAGGAGGUUGAAGCGGCUGCCGCGGAGGAGGCGUCUGCCGAGGCCGCUGCCGAGGGUGAGCAGGAGGUCGGAGAGGCCAUCCCGGAUGAGGUCUUGACGGCCGAAGAGGCCCGCGAACUUACCAAGUCGUGGGACCGUUCUUGGCAGCAGAUCGCGCUUGCCAACCCUGCCCUCAAGUUCGCCGUUCACAAACGUCUCUAUCAGCUCUCGGGCCAGUACAUCCCCGACGCCAAGCUCGCCCCCAAGGCCCGCAAGCUCAUCGACGUCAUCCAGCAGCAGCACCAGCGCGCCCAGGCCGAUGCCUCCAAGGCGGGCAACGACCUGCUCAACCUCCCCAACGUCAAGGUGUACAGCCGGCGCGUGACGCCCAUCGACAAGGAGGUCUGGGUCGGCCGAUGGAAGGUCAUCGAGGCGGAGCUUCGCAAGAGGGAUCUCCCCAUCACGGGGACGGGCAAGUACGGAAAGGCCAAGGAGAGGGCUUGGCUCAUGGGCAAGCCGUAA